UUAUCUAAAAGAGGCCGCUUUUUCUAAAUAUUUCUCACCUGCCUCCUUCAAACUUAUCCUAUUUCAUUAUUCACCCUCCAAGAAACCAUAGACCAAAAGCAUAGACAUAACACAUCUCUCCGAUCUCAGUCUUCGCCAUCACUCAACCCAACCAUGGCAACCACAACCUCCCACCGACCACCUCCAAAACCACUCGAUCUCGAAAUCACAAUCGUAUCCGCGAAACACCUCAAGAACGUCAACUGGAGAAACGGAGAUCUAAACCCCUACGCCAUCUUCUGGCUCGACCCCGAUCGCCGCCUUGCCACAAAAUCCGAUGACUCCAACUCCACCAAACCUGUCUGGAACGAACGGUUCAUCAUCCCUCUCCCCUCCUCCCCGUCCACCGCCGUCCUAACUCUGGAGAUCUUCCACUCCAAACCUUCCGACACACCGAAACCCUUAGUUGGAACCCUACGCGUCCCAAUCGACGACUUACCUAAUCUCGAAGACUCCACCAUCAUCAGAACUUUCGAGCUCCGUCGUCCUUCUGGUCGUCCCAACGGUAAGAUCCGGCUGAAACUUGCUCUCCGUGAACGCCCUUUACCCGAUUACCAAAUUGCCCCUCAACCUGCAUAUUAUUAUUCCACUGCCCCUCCCCCCUCUUACGGUAGGUAUCCAUCUUCCCAGUCUCAAUACAAUCCUUCUCCUUCUCUCCCACCCCCACCGCCACCGCCAUCGGCGGUAGCUCCUCCGGCACCCUCACCACCGCCGCCACACCCAUACCACUACGGAUCGUAUUCGGAUCCAUAUUCUGGUUAUUAUCAGGGAGGAUACUACUCUCAACCACCGCCUCCGCAGACUCCACGACCAUUUAUUGAUAGGCCCUCCAGCUUCGGCGGUGGUAGCAGCGGGCCUAGCGCCCCAGUCGAUUAUGCUCAAUAUGAGCAGAAACAGAGGCCAGCGAAGGUAGCAUCGGGGCCAGGAUUUGGGACGGGAUUAGCUGUGGGAGCAGUGGCAGGGGGAUUAGGAGGACUUGCAAUUGAUGAGGGAUUGAGGUAUGAAGAGGAAAAGGUUGUGGAGAAAGCUGAGAGUGAUUUGAAUGCAAGGGAACUUGAUGAUUACAAUAACUAUCGGCGUGUUGAUUAUUGAUUUAGUCACCAGAGUGGUUUGGACUCUCGCUUAAAGCUUUAUCCAUUAAUGAGGUAAAUCUUCAGCUAUAUCAUUAUGGUUUUUAUGUUUGUGUAUAUGUAAUUGAAGUUAUUAGAAGUUGUGAAACAUGAGAAGCAAUUUGACAUCAUUUCUGGUUCAUAAAUCCACUUUGUUCCUCUUGAAGCAGGAUUGAUUUGUAAAUCUCUAUUUGUGCGUUCUUUAUGUGACCAGCUUUGUUGGUGAAUCA